AUGUCAGCUCCAGAAUCGCCUGCAGAUGUUGACAAUUUGCCUCACAAGUUCCUAUCAAUCCAAGAUGGAACGCUCUGUGAUUGGUGCCACGAUGGCCUCCAACGCGUUUCAGAAGAUGGCGAGCCUUUUCGAAUGAGAGCUCUCACAGAUCUCAUCUAUGCCUCAGAUUAUUGCCAUUUGUGUGCAAUGUGGAUGCGAGCCUUGCGUCAAUCUAUGAGCGAUUUAGAGGAAUCAGGCCAGGAUGCUGCGCUUUACCAACAUCCUCUGGCGCAGAACGUCAUGGAGCCGGAGGAUGUGAAACUUCAGUUCUUGGAUCUCCCAGAUUGGGAGCGACUAGGGUUCAGAAGAAAGAUUGCAUGGCCGCGAAUGGGUCCUAUUUGGGCGACGCUUGAUAUGAUCAAGGCUAAUGAUGCGAACACCAUUGAUACAAAGCCGCUGCCGCCUUCAGAUCUAAGUGAUGUAACGAUGGGGUCAAUCAAACAAUGGCUAGAGCGUUGUGACCAGGACCACGACCAAUGCAGGUAUGCAAAAGACACCACCUGGAAGCCUACUCGGCUGUUGCACAUCAGCCCUAAACUGAGAUCCCCGCACAUUCGCCUUGUUGAGGGCGCAGAUAUCCCAGAUCAGGUUGAGUAUAUAACACUCAGUCAUCGUUGGGGCUCUGCGUCACAUAUACAGCUCAAAAAGGACAAUCUGGAAUCAUUCAAAAAGUCAAUGGCACUGGACAACCUGUCGCGCACUUUCAACGAUGCAUGCGAACUUGUGAGAAGAUUGGGCUAUGAAUACCUUUGGAUCGACUCUCUUUGCAUCAUCCAAGAUGACGAGCAGGACUGGGCCUCUGAAGCUGGACGCAUGGCAUCAGUCUAUGGCAACGCGUGGCUAAGCAUAUCCGCCCAUGUGGCUGCCGAAGAUAACAACGGACUCUUUUCCAAGCAACGCGACGGUAAUGCUUGGCUCCCAGUCUGGGUACGUCGCGAAUGGGCGGCCCCUUCUCUGGCGACUAUUGCGUCUCCGAGUAUCAGCACUGUGUGUGAACGGCUUCCGUUUGGCGAUCCUACUUCAGCCGAGGGGUUUGCUCUCAUGAGCCCACUCAAGAACUUCAUUAUUGGCCUCCGAAAUAACGACUUGAACAAUAAUCUUACAUUUGAAUAUCUCUUUGGGAACUGGAAUCAAAUUGUUCGAGCUUACGGACAGGGACAGCUCACAGUGGAAGCGGACAAAUUGAUUGCACUAGCAGGUCUCGUGGAUACCUUUGACCAGGUCUUUGCUUCUGGGGAACCAGAAAGUGAAGAUGGCAGCAAGGAAAAUAAUAAAGGGAAAGGAACCGAGUCUGACUUAGUGGGUCAGGACGGAGAAGCCUCCGGUCAGGGGCCAACUGAGAUCCUCGAUGUGAAGAUCAUUCCUAGUCCCAAGUUCGAUCCCGAGAAUCCAUUGAGUGGUUUGGAAUACUGCGCUGCUCCUGACUCAUUCCUUCGUCUGCGGAGAUCAAUGCUUCCUAUCGCGGCGUUGGGUUACGGAGGUGGCAUGCAGUUCAUCAACUUCAAUGCUCCAGGCAGGGCGGGCUGGGAUGAGGAUGCCAUCGAGGUUCAUAGUAAGAACUAUUGGGACGUGGAAUUUGAGGAAGAAGCUCUCAAUUGCAAGACACCCUUUGCAGUCCCUGUAUUUGUAGAUAUGACAAGGAUUACAAAUCCACUGCAUUGCCUGGUCUUGGAUAAACGACGGGAUGAACGGAACAAGCUAUAUUGUGUGCGAAUUGGAGCUUGUGUGAUGGAUAAGCCGGACGAUGUGAAGGCCUUUUGGGAUGGGGUGGAGGCAUUUGAUAGAGUUACAACUAGGCAGGAUGAGAGACAUGAUGGUGUGUAUAGGUUGGCUAAGAAAGGGGAAGAUUUGAAUGUGAAGCAGGAUGGCGUUUUGCAGCGAGUUAUUGAAAUUCGUUAG